AGAGAGAGAGAGAGAGAGAGGAGAGAGAGAGAGAGAGAGAGAGAGAGAGAGAGAGAAGAGAGAGAGAGAGAGAGAGAGAGAGAGAGAGAGAGAGAGAGAGAGAGAGGAGAGAGAGACAUGAGAGAGAGGAGAGGAAAGCAGAGAGACAGAGAGAGAACGAACGCCGAUUCCAAUGGAAGUGGACGCUUCCUAAAUGCGGCUUCACUUCACAGGAUAAUUUCUGAAUGGAACUGCCCUGAGUACCGGGACUACAAGAGACCCUCGUGUGUUCCACUGAGGCUUUGUCACAUGCGACUAUCCCUCACCUUCAUCCGGUCCUGUCUUGGCUCUGGGAUAGUCGGAAUGGCCUCUGACAUCGUCCCUCACGUGCAAGACCCAACAGCUGAUUCUGAAGUACAGCGCCAUCAAAACAUAGACGGCAACUCCAGGAAACAGUUUGCAAACCAAUGCAGUAAAUUUGAAAAUGCAGAAAGAGGAUUCUCGAUGACCGGAUACACUGACACAGCCAGCCAAGAUUUCCCCAAAAAAGAAAGCAAUGACAGUUAUAAUGACACUGUGUCCAAGAAGAGAGAGAGAACGAGAAGACGAGAGAAGACAGAGAAAAGAGAGACAAGAGAAGCAGAGAUCGAGUGA